AUGGAGAAUCACGGUCCACGCUAUCCAUACCCUUAUGGUCAGUAUCCAUACCCUUACCCAUACCCAGCUCCUGCUCCUUAUAGACCUCCCAGCUCUGAGCCAUACCCACCACCACCCCCUGCCAAUCAAUACAAUGCUCCUUAUUACCCUUACCCACCACCACCCCCAUAUGCAACCCCACCACCACCGUAUGCAUCACCACCGCCGCCUCAUCAGCACCCUUCUGGUUCCCAUUCUGGUCCAUUAGACUAUAGCCACAACCCACAACAAUCUUCAUCUCAUCCCGGUCCCCCUGAGUAUCACCGACACUCUUUCGACUACCAACAACAACAACAACAACCUUCUCCUUACCCUUAUCCUCGACCGCAAGCUAACUUUAGCACUUAUGGUCCGCCUCCUCACUAUUCGUAUCAAGAGUCACCGCAAUACCCUCCUCCACCUGAAACUAAACCCCAAGAGACUCCUCCUCCUCAGCAAACUCAGGGCUAUCCAGAAUACCGUAGGCAAGACUGUCUUGGUUCUGUAGGAACAGCUCCUGAUAAUGUAAGCAAUUCUGGAUCUUCUUAUCCUCCUGUGGAUGAACUUCUCAGUGGUAUGCACAUUUCUAAUAAUAACCAACCAGCGCCCUCUGUUCCACAAUUAUCCUCCCUCCCUUCCAACUCUUGGCAAAGUCGCCCUGGUGAUUUGUAUGGUUACCCUAACAGCUCAUUUCCAAAUAACUCUCAUUUGCCACACUUAGGGCGAGUAGAUUCGUCUAGCUCUUAUUCUCCUAUCUAUGGAUCAUCUGAAUCGCCUCAUAGUGGGGAUAUGCAGAUGACUCUGUUUGGUAAAGGAUCAUUGAAGGUUCUAUUGUUGCAUGGGAAUUUGGAUAUUUGGAUCUAUCAUGCAAAGAAUCUCCCAAACAUGGAUAUGUUUCAUAAGACACUUGGUGAUAUGUUUGGAAGAUUGCCAGGAAAAAUUGAAGGGCAGCUUAGCAGUAAGAUUACCAGUGAUCCUUAUGUUUCUGUAUCAGUCGCAGGUGCUGUGAUUGGAAGAACAUAUGUCAUGAGCAACAGUGAAAAUCCUGUUUGGAUGCAACAUUUUUAUGUUCCUGUUGCUCAUCAUGCUGCAGAGGUUCAUUUUGUUGUUAAAGACAGUGAUGUUGUGGGUUCACAGCUUAUAGGGCUAGUUACUAUCCCAGUUGAACAGAUAUACUCUGGUGCAAAAAUUGAAGGAACUUACCCGAUUCUAAACAGUAAUGGGAAGCCUUGUAAACCAGGGGCAAAUUUAUCAUUAUCGAUUCAGUAUACUCCUAUGGACAAACUCAGUGUUUAUCAUCAUGGAGUUGGGGCAGGUCCUGAUUACCAGGGGAAGGGAUGCUCCCGGGUAUAA